GGGGCGGGGAGGUGCCUCUCGCCACCUUGCAGCCCGGCGUUUGUUCGCUCGCGGCUUUCCGCGUCUGUGGCCGUUGGUCCCAGCGGGGCGGUGGCGGCGCGUCCAUGCGCAGCUCUUGGCGCUGCUGCCGUCUCGGUGCCCGCGGGGCGGGAGCUCGGCAGCCGCCUGGCCGGGGCGGCUGCCGGAGAUGCAGAGCACCGCAAGCUACCUCUGGAGCACUGAGGACCUCCUGGGCCAGGGUGCCACGGCCUGUGUCUACAAAGCUCGGAACAAGAAAUCAGGGGAGCUGGUUGCUGUGAAAGUCUUUAACAAUGCCAGCUACCUCCGGCCCCAAGAGGUCCAGAUGAGAGAGUUUGAAAUGCUGAGAAAGCUGAAUCAUAAAAACAUUGUCAAGCUAUUUGCUGUGGAGGAGACGGGCAGCAGCAAGCAGAAGGUGCUGGUGAUGGAGUACUGCUCAAGCGGCAGCUUGCUCAACAUGCUGGAGGACCCAGCAAACGCUUUUGGCUUGGCUGAGUCUGAGUUCCUCAUCGUGCUUCAGUGUGUGGUGUCAGGGAUGAACCACCUCCGUGAGAAUGGCAUCGUCCACAGAGACAUCAAACCUGGCAACAUCAUGCGGCUGAUGGGGGAAGAUGGGCAGAGCAUCUACAAACUGACAGAUUUUGGGGCUGCCCGAGAGCUGGAUGAUGAUGAAAAGUUUGUGUCUGUCUACGGGACAGAGGAAUAUCUUCACCCGGAUGUGUACGAGCGCGCGGUGCUGCGCAAGCCGCCGCAGAAGGCGUUCGGCGUCACUGUCGACCUCUGGAGCAUUGGCGUCACCUUCUACCACGCAGCCACAGGCAGCCUCCCCUUCGUCCCCUUUGGAGGACCUCGCAGGAACAAGGAGAUCAUGUAUAAAAUUACCACCGAGAAGCCUCCCGGAGCCAUCGCAGGGGUCCAGAGGCAGGAGAACGGGAGCAUCGAGUGGAGCUAUGAGCUGCCACUCACCUGCCAGCUCUCUGAAGGGCUGAAGGACCAGCUGAUACCCAUUUUGGCCAACAUCCUGGAGACAGAUCAGGAGAAGUGCUGGGGCUUCGACCAGUUUUUUGCAGAGACCAAUGACAUUUUGCACAGGAUCGUGGUCGACAUCUUCUCCCUGAAGCAGGCGUCCUCGCACCGCAUCUACAUCCACUCCUACAACACUACCACCAAGUUUUUAGAUGCUGUCUUCAAACAGACAAACAUUGUCCCUCACCAUCAAGAGUAUUUUUUUGAAGGUCAUCUGUAUGAGUUGGAUCCUAAUCUACAAGCUCAUAAUUUCUGCAAAACCACAGGGCACAAUCCUCUGAUCUUGCUGAGCACUGCUGAGCAACCAGAAGAGGUGGUGGGAGUGAGAUACAGAGACCCAUCGCUCGAGUUUCCCAGGCUUGCCCCCAAGGUGGACGUGGUGGCCGACUGCAGCGCAGCCAAGAGCGCGGUGGGGGCCGCACACCAGACGCUGCGCCUGGCCCGGGCCCUGCGGCGCUGCCGGGAGCUGCUGGCCAGGGGGCUGCACUGGGUCAUUGGGAACCUGAAAACAGAGUGCUUGAGGAUCUUGGAGCAGAGGAGAGGGGCUGUUUCAGUGCUGACCUGCCUGCAGCUCACUGAGGUGAAGACCCAAGUGCUGCAUGAGGCUGUUCCUGCAGCCGGCACAGGGCCAGCGCUCAAGGACGUGGCCACGGUGAAGAUGCGGCUGCAGAGGGUCGCUGAGGAGCUCUCUCAGUGCUCCCACAACAUCUUUGACUUUCAAGGGGCUCUGGAUGGCAUUUUAUCUGAACUGGUGAAGCACAGGCAGCAAGUGCAUGAAGACAAAAGCAUCCAGCAGAUUGAGUGCUGCCUGGAGAAGAUGCAGCUGAUCUACAGACAGUUCAAGAAGGCCAGGACGUGUCUGCGGCUCAGCUACAAUGAGAAACAAAUACACAAGCUAGAUAAGGUGAAUUUAGGGCACCUGGCCAGGAAGGUUCUGCUGAUUUUCCAGGAUGACUGUGUCCAGUGGUACCAGGAGGCCGUGUUCUUCCAUAGCAGCAGGAUGAGGAAAGUUUGUGAGAUAAAAAAGCAUCUGAAGAGGCUCAGCAACCGCAUCAGUGCCUGCAGCGUGGAGACGAUGGAGUGCCAGGACUGUCUGCAGGAGGCUCUGGACUGCUUUCUCCAGAUAGAGAAGUGGAGUUCAGCCCCGGACCCUCCCACACAGGCACCUGCCCCGCUGAGCCAGGCGCGCCAGGAGAUGGCUCUGCGGAUGCAGGAGCUCCUGGAGCAGAUGAGGUCAGUAACUUGUGAUCUUCUCUUCAACAACAGCAUCAUCGAGCGGUUAAGUGGGGUUGCCCCUGCUCCUGGUAUUUGAGACAUGGUGAAUCUGCAGCUGCUGAAGCAAACUGCUCUCCACAGCAGGGAACACUGACAGCACUUUGGGUCCAGAGCAACGGAGGCGAUUGACAAGCGUGUUGAGCAACAAUCUGUGUCCUACCUCUCCGCUCCAGCACUUUUGCACAGUUCACCAGCAUUAGCUGUGAGUGGCUUGCAAGCCUUGAGAGUUUGACUAGAAAAAUGGGUUUGAGUGAUUUGGGUUUGUUUUUUUUCCUUUAAAAAAAAAGUACUUGAAAGACUUCAUGUUUUUCCAGUCUCUCUGUAUCACCAUGAUGGAUGGUGAGGAAGAGGCUGGACAGAUAAAUUACCUUUUGCCCUCUUACUUGUUUAGGGAUUACUCCCAUUUUUAACAUACUUCUGUUCUCUGGGGCUUCCUGGAGUGGGGCAGGAGCACAGGGCAGGAGGGAAGCUGUACCUGAGGGAUGAGAGACCAGAUCCAGGAUGGCUCCAGGGCUCAGCCUGCAAGGUGACAGCAGGGGGAAAGUAGGAGCUGCAGCUUCUGCCCAUGGGUACUGCAGCCUCUCCUCCUGCUACACCUCCCAGGGACUGGUUGUGCAUCUGGAAGGAGAGGUUGGGCUAUCCUCUGGGCAGGCAAAGGUGUCUGACUCAAUAGAUGCUCAGGGUGCGUGUCUGGACUGGUCCCUCUGUAGAAGACGAAACACCUGAUUCUGCCCUUCACCUUUCCCCUAGUUCCCUCAUCAGCCUCUUUUCUGGAGGUGACACACAUUAGCUAAACCAAAAACCCUCAGCUUGGGCGUACCGUGGCCAUUCUGGUUGCCUGGGGUGGUCCCCAGCCCCUUAGAGCAAGGAGUCUCGUCACUUGCCUGUGCCUGGAGGCAGAGCUGAAGCAGGGACAGGACAAGGGCUGUCAGCAUGGCUGCUCCUGGGAUCAGGAGCAAGCAUUUCUAACCCCUGCAGGGGGACAUGAGCCAAAAUAGGGCAUCCUUGGAGCUGAAAAUCUUCCUGCAGUGCUGCUCCAAGUCUCAGCAAAGGAGCAAAAUGAGGCAGGAGUGGUGGCUGCAGGGCUGCACCCGCUUCGCUGUCGUGUAGGAACAGGCCAGGAGCUGCUCCCGCCCAGGAAACCUUCCCGGGCGCAAUUUGGCACCAAACCUUCCCAGUCGUUUGCAUUGUAAAAACCAACAUCCUGACUGUCAAACCCAACUCCUUACUGUAGAAGAGGUGGAACUAAGCCAUCAAAUUAAAAGCUUUUCUCCCACCAGUCAUUUUCUAGGACUCUUCUAGUUUUAUAACGAUCAUUACUUUGAAUCCAGCUGGAAUUCACUGCCAUCCCCUGUAGGAACAGGGCAGGGAGCCCAGGCAGAGGCUGCUGCCACACUUCCUGGGGUUCAGUGGAGCUGUGCUGAUUCGUGCCUGCUGAGUGUACAACCUGGAACGUGUUUGGCUUCAACAAAAAGGGAUUUAUUUCUUGGCAUAAAGAAAAAAGAGGUUUUGCUAAUAGCCUUUGUCAUGCUCAAACUGCCACAACACAGCAGCUGCACAGGGGACUCCCAGAAUCCAAAUGAAAGAGGAAUUUUCCUGUCAAUGUUAAUUAAGGGUUUUUUUCCCCGAAUAUUUUCACCCUGGGCCUAAAAGAUCUUCAUGUGCUGUCAGAUCUGAAUACCUACAGAGGCAGGUGAGAAAGAUAAUGACCCUGCUACAUCUUCUGUGCAGGUGGGAGCCAAAGCUUCCUGUGCUGACAAGUGAUUCUGCAUUUAUCUGUGCUGGAAGCUGAGGUCUGCAGCGUGGGCAGCCCUGGCACAGCCUCCAGCCCGUGACCUGUGGACACAGGGUCCUCUGGCCUUGGGGAGGACU